GAGAUACAUUUUGAAAGAUUUUUGGAACUGUACUUUGGAGCCAAAUACAAUAGAAUCUUUCUUGAACUCUUGAUCCAUUCAUCACCCUUCUAUAACUCCUACCGUGGUGGUUAAUGUCAGUUAUGUCAACAUUCAGGGGAAGGUUGUUUAGAAGUUUUACCUAAGUUGGGAUUAACCUUAACCCUUCCGAAGGGGAGUUUGUACUUUUGGAUCUUGCUAGGGAUCUUUACAUUUCACAAUGUGGUCAUAGUUGUUUCUAUAUGAGACCCUUUUAUUGGAAUAAUGACUUCAUAUUUUAUGUUUCCGGAUAAAAUUUUAUUUCACUCUAUUGCUGUAAGACCUAGUUCAGUUGCUGUAAGACCUUUAAGUAGAUUUACUAGAGCAGGUAGAUGGAAAUAGUACCAGUGAUUACGGAUUAACUACUCGCUCUAUUCAAUAAGUCGAUUUAGCUGAUAACUGUUCUAGUACUUCGUCUACUGGGUUACCUUUUGUUAUAAAAGAUGAAGGGGUGGAGCUGUUUCAUGUUCUAAGGAAGUUGACCAAGUAUCUUCCAGAAAGAAGGAACAGUAAACUCUUUGACUACAAAGUCUGCUUGCACAAGAGCUUAGUAUUCUAUGACGCAGUAGGUGGAGGGAAGCAAGAUGAAAAUGUUGCAUGGGUUGAAGAAUGAUAUUAUGAUAAGGGGUAAUAAGAUGAUCCAGAUUAUGCUGUUAACGACGUGUGGGAAGGAGGAAAGGGAGAUUGGUCAACUGUCACUGCUGUUAUAACUAUCCAGAAUAUUCUGUUAGCCAUCACUUUCACAAGGAAGCCCAGGAAGCUACACUGAAAAGCAAAGGAUGAAGGAUCCUCACCACUCACCAGAGUCAGAUCUUUGGUCCCAGUACUUUCCCUGCAAUUUCAUACCCAAAAAUAUCUUAGGCUUUUCAGAGAAUAGGGUAAUUGUAUGGCGAGAUUGCAAAAACUCUUCUGCAAUACUUACCCAGUUUUCUGAUUCAAAGAGUUAGCAAGAUCAAAGCUAGAAAUAGAAGAGGGAAGAGAGAGUCAAAACAGUAGGGAUCAGGGGGUGGGGAACAAUUAUGGCAGAAUCCAUUAUAUCUGGUGUUGUCGUGAAACUUUUGGAGUAUAUGAGUCAUUCAACUGUUAAUGCUCUCACCCCUUAUUUAGGUGGAAGACGUAAACUGAAAGAGCUUAACAGGACAAUGAAGCUAAUCCAAGCCCGACUUCUGGAUGCAGAGAGACGAGGUGAAGGUGAGAAUGAAGCUCUGGUCAAACAGUGGCUUAAUAGAUUGAAAAUUAUAAUUUACCGAUUGGAGGACUUGUUCGAAGAGGUUGCUAUGGCUGAUAAAGAGAAUGAACGCAUUCCUGCAGGUAAGAUGACCAAACACUUAUUUAUGGCUUUUAUGCUGUGUUCAUCUUCAAAUCCUGUUAUAAUCAAUAAAAAAAUUGCAAGAGAGGCGAAGGUUGUUAUUGGGGAACUUGAGGCUAUUAGAUCAGAUAUGAGUACCCUUAACCUUAGGGUGCUUUCAUUUGAGGAACGUGUGAUUAAUUCGAUGAAUGGGAGAGAAACAUCUUCUUUCAUUUCAGAGGAAGAGGUGAUUGGUAGAGACGGGGACAAAACUGUGAUUGUACAGAUGCUUUUGGAUGCUGACCAUGUUGAAGCAGCAAGUGUGUCAAUCAUCCCAAUUGUUGGGAUUGGUGGUCUUGGGAAAACUACACUUGCCCAACUUGCUUACAACGACAAAGAUGUUCAAAAACAUUUUGAGCUAAAAGGCUGGGCAUGUGUUUCUGGGAUUUCUAGUGUAGAAGAGUUAUCUAGGAAAAUUCUUAUAGCUGUUAGUCUUGUUACUGAUGAAGAUGAUUAUCAACAGCUCAAUAUGGAUCAACUUCAAUCAUGCCUGCGGGAAGUUGUAGAUGAUAAAAGAUACCUGCUUGUAUUAGAUGACGUGUGGGAUGAAGACCGUGAGAGAUGGCUUGUUUUGAGGCGGCUGUUGUUUGGAGGUAAACGAGGAAGUAAAAUAAUUGUGACCUCGAGGUCUGGAGUAGUUGCUCAAAACCUGGGCACAGUUCAACCCUAUGAAUUGGGAGGCUUGCUAGAGGAUGAGUCAUGGGCUUUGUUUAAAAGCCUAGCGUUUAAGGAGGGACAACAGAAGAGGAAUCCAAGGGUUACAACCAUCGGCAAAGAAAUUGUUAAGAAGUGUGCCAAUGUUCCGCUUGCUAUUAGGACCAUUGCUGGCCUUCUCUAUUCUAAAGAUACCGAGCAGGAAUGGGAGUGUUUCAAGGAUAGUGAGCUCAGAAUGAUAGAACAAAAUGACAACAGUGUCAUGUCAACAUUGAAAUUGAGCUACGACCACCUACCAUCACACUUGAAGCAGUGCUUUGCUUAUUGUUCGUUGUUUCCCAAGGAUUAUGAAAUCGAUAAGCAAUGUCUGAUUUACCUUUGGAUGGCCCAAGGGUUUAUUAGGUCAUCAACUGGGAAUGAAACCCCGGAGGAUAUUGGUCAUGCAUAUUUCAUGGAAUUGCUUCGAAGAUCUUUCUUUCAAGAUGUUAUACGAAAUGAGUAUGAUGAUGUAAUCAGCUGCAAGAUGCACAGUUUAAUGAAUGACUUGGCACGAAAUAUGGCAUCAGAUGAUUGUCUUUUGAUAGAAAGGCCAAAUCAGCAGAUUACUAAUACUGACUGUAUUUUCCACUUGAGUUUGAAUGCUGGAUCAGCUCCAUUAGAGUUGUUUGCUGCCAAGACAAUGCGAUCUCUUCUUGUUUUGUCAGAUUCCGUCUUACAAAAGACUGAUAAAAUGUUUUCAAGUAUGAGGUGCUUACGCUCAUUGGACUUGUUUAAUGCGAGCUGUAAGAGCCUCCCGAACUCCAUCGAGGAACUGAAGCACCUCAGGUAUGUCAGACUUGGGUCAAGUUUAGAAUCUCUCCCAUAUGGCAUCACAAAGUUGAAGAACUUGUGUACUCUGGAUAUCAAGAGGUGUUACAAGCUUAAGGAAUUGCCAAGAGGUUUUAAUAAAUUGAUCAAGCUCCGAAAUUUGCAUAAUGGAGAGAGAUUGAUUGAUAUGCCUUCUUGCUUUGGGGAAUUAACAUCUCUCCGGGCAUUAGACAUAUUUAUAGUGGGGGAAAGUAAUGGUCUAGAUGCACUAGCUAGAUUGAAUAAUCUUGCCGGUGAGCUCAAAAUCUGUUAUGUAAAACAUCGUCAGAAAGCGGUAUCAGAAGCCAGAGCAGCAAAUUUGAAGGAUAAGAAGAUGACAAACUUAUUCGUAAAAUGGUCAUCAUCAUAUGUAGAGCAUGAUGUUUAUGCCGAUGUGGAGGAAGAUGUGUUAAAAUGGCUGCAGCCUCCUCCAUCUGUAAAACGUCUGAAAGUUUGGGGUUGGAAAGGAGUGCAGUUUCCACGAUGGGGGAUGAACGAGUUCCCUUACCUUGUUUAUAUAUCUAUUAGAUCCUGCCAUAGAUGCAAUCAUCUCCCAAGCUUCAGUAGACUUCCUCAUCUCAGAUUUCUUCGUCUCUGUGACCUCAGUGUGUUGGAGUACAUAGAGAGCGGUGGUGAUGAUAACAGUAUAAGAAGUUCUUCUGCAGAGAAAUACUUUCCAUCCUUAGAAUCUUUGAUGUUGUUAGAUUUGCCUGAGUUAAAGGGAUGGUCAAGAUUGGAGGAACAUCAGAAUUCUCUGAUGCAGAGGUUAUAUUUCCCUUGUGUUUCUGAACUCUGGAUAGAAGGUUGCUCGAAACUGAUGUGGGUCCCUGUGGUACCAAGGCUUGAGUCCCUGGAUGCCAAUGAAAUCCAUGGGAAGCUACUGAAAGAUCUUCUUUCUGCAGAGGAAUCAGCUCUUUUCACAAUGAAGUGGCUUAAUAUACACUCGGUGCAGGAACUAGUUUCACUCUCGAUCAAUCUUUUCACUGGAAAAGCCCUAUUAAUUUCUGAAUGCCAAGAACUGAUCCAUUUGGUUGCCGAAUCUCCAACCUUUCUCCAUCGACUUGUAAUUGAAGAAUGUUGCAGAUUGACAGACAUUUCGAGUGCACUACUGCAUCUUUCUGUUCUCAAGGAACUGGAAAUUCGGCAUUGUGAAGAGUUGGACUUUGGAUACAAUAGUAUCAAAUCAACAGCUUGGCACGGUCUCAAGAGCCUGUGUUCCUUAGAAUUGUGGGACAUCCCGAAAAUAGAGAUGCUCCCUGAGGAAGUUGGUAGUCUGACAGUACUUCAGAGGCUAAAAAUCGUCAGUCUCGCCAACUUAAGAGCCCUACCAGAGUGGAUAGGGAACCUCAGUCAGCUUCGUGUUCUUGAAAUCCGUGAAUGUCCUAAGAUAGUUGUACUUCCAGAGUCUUUCCAUCGCCUCACUUCGUUACAGGAACUUCGGAUCUCUCUGUGUCCUGAACUUCAGAGAAGAUGUGAGUUCCCGGAUGGCGAAAACUGGCCACUUAUUCAACACAUCCCUGAUAUUUCUGUGGUGUAAUUCCUGAAAAGCUAAAAAACAUUGAGAAUUGCAAGUCCAGUUAGCAUCUAAUUGAAAUACUUCUUAGUGAUAUUCACAAGUAAAUCCACGGUCAUGUUACCGAUGUUUUAUCAGAUGGCCUGACUGAUGUAAAUUCGUUUUUACUUGGCCUGACUGAUGUAUUGGUUUGCUUAUCAUCCUAUACUCUCUGUUCAUGAUUCCAUAGACCUACUAAUGUGUUGGGUUGAGUGGGGGCAAACGUCUAUUUUCUCUGCUCACUACGAAAAACAGUUAAAUUUCCAAUAAUUGAUUUUGUAGAAAACGUACAGAUACGAAGGUAAGACUGUAAGAUGCUAAGUCUUGUACGUUAAGGGUAUAACCGUACAAGGGUAUGUCCAAAAAGUCAUAUACCACAAAAUUAUUUUUUUCUUUUUUCUGAAUGUGGAGAACAUAACGACGUAUACAAGAUUUGAUUUCAAGUCU